AUGUCUGUUAUACUUCUGAUGUUUUUUAGCUGCGCAAUCGUGGUAACAAUUUGUGGAAAGUGCCCCCAGCUUUGUGUUUGCGACAUAGAUUCCCAAGACAAGAAAAGGGUGACGUGCAAUCGUGGAGGUCUGACUCAAAUUCCAACUUUACAUAUGGACAUGGACAUUCAAGUGUUAGUUAUUACUGCACCAUCCGAUUAUUCCAACCAUCUCACUAUCGGAAGAAUUUUUUUAAACUUUCAUGAGCUGGAAGAAGUCCGAAUUACUUAUUCCAGACUUCCAGCCAUCGGAGAUAGUUCCUUUUGGCCAGGAAAAAACUUAAAAGUUCUUGAUUUAAGUCAUAACAAUAUUACGUUCAUAAGAGAUAAAGACUUCUUCGGUUUACGAAAUCUCAAAGUGUUGGACUUGAGUUACAAUUACAUUUCUGCUUCACCAUCAGCUCCUUUUCGCCUUUUGCCGAGUUUAACAACACUAUCGUUGGCCAGAAACAAACUGAGAACUCUUGUUCCACGGUUUUUUUACAUGCUUCUAAAGCUGGAAAAACUAGAUUUGAGUGCGAAUCCUCUUAAAGAUAUUGAUCCAGAAAAUUUAAAAGAUGUUCGGCCUCUCAAACGCUUUCAUUUAGCAAAAUGUCAAUUGGCCAGACUACAUUCCCUCAUAUACCAACAAUUGCCCAACUUAGAAGAACUAGAUUUGAGGGACAACUCUUUCAGCUACUUUUCUCCGGAAGAAUUUAGACAUUUGAAGAGGCUGAAGUAUUUACAUCUUGAUGGCAAUAAUCUGACUAUCAUAGUCGAAAAAACGUUCGAUGGUCAUAACUUACGCCAUUUGGGACUUUCUCGCAACAAAAUCUUUCAGUUUUCAAAAUGCGCUUUUUGCAAUUUAUCAGUACAGCAACUAGAUCUCUCAUACAAUCAACUAACAAGUGUUCCUUUUGAUGUAUUCUCACCAGUUGCACAUUCGUUAGAGAGCCUCGAUUUCAGUUUUAACCACAUCAAUUCGGAUGAUUUAGAGCUUGCUCUAAGUCCAGUUUAUAAGUUAAAGAAAUUAGCGUUGUCGGGAAUGAAACUUAGUCAACUUUCAGAAGAUGCCUUUUUCAACAACGGAGAGCUAAAAACAUUGGACUUAUCUUACAAUGCUUUCUCCAAUUUUACUAGCCUAACUCUUCAACCAUUGAAGGAAAUAGAAGAGAUUGAUUUUUCUCAUAAUGAAUUUGAAACAUUGGAUUCUAACUUUUUGGAUCAAGUGCAAAAUAUGACAACUCUGAGCGUUUUGCAUCUCCAUUCCAAUCCCUGGUCUUGUCAUCAAUGUUCCGUCCUGCCAUUAGUAAAAUGGGUUCGACAAUCGACUUUGUACCAAAGCACAUGUGACAUGAACUACGAAAGCAGUACUUGCAUGAAAUGCAAAACACCAUUAUCUCUGGAAGGUCGAGCCUUACAUACUUUACGCCGCAUUGACCUUGAACCAUGUGCUAGUCUACUGCCUCAGUCUCGUGUACUAGUUGCAUCAUCUAAUAUUGCAAUUAUUGUGUCUAUGGUGAUAUUUUUCGGACUUAUUCUCGGCACAGUUAUCUUCACGAUUUGUUACCGACAACAUGGAGCAGUUUAUUAUACUCACGAGGGAGAAACGAUGCCCACUCUCGGCGUUCCCGCCGAGUACGCGAGUACCAAUGGUGGCACAUUUGUUGAAGACAAGCGGCGGGCAUACUUUGUAACCUUGGACCGAAUUGAUGAGCUUGCUGAAGAAAAAAUUGUAGCUAUUAAUUGCACUUGA